AUAAUAAAUCCCUUUAAAAAAAAUCCACAGCCCAUUGCAAUCAAUCACAACCCAACCGAGAUGGAAAAAAGACGCGCUUCUCUCUCCUUCGCCUCCUCCUCGUAAUUAAUAGCGGGGCAGGCAUGGCAGCUCCUCCUCCUCCUCCUCACCCACCGCCGCCGCCCUGCCCGCUCGGGCUCCUCCGCCUCAUGGGCCGCGGCCGCUGCUGCUGCCGCCGCCGCCGCCGCCCGCCUUCCCCAGCCGCCCCGCCACCUCCUCCACCGCCGCCGCCGCCGCCGCCUCGCUCGGGCCUCCUCCUGGCCGCCGCCCUCGUCGUCCUCUCCAGCGGCUCCGGCGGCCGCCCCCUCCUCCUGCUGCAGGCGGCCCCUCCCCGGCAGCCGCCUCCGCGCAAAAUGGCGGCCGGAGCCGGGCCCGUCGGAAGCGGCGGGGGCUGCGGCAGCCUCUCCUCCAACGCAUCGGCGCCGUCGCCCCCUCAGGCCGGCAACGGGCCGCCCCCGCAGCCCUCGCCGCUCCCCGCUUCGCCUGCGGCCGCGCCGCCACCGCCCUCCUCCUGCUCCAACAGCGGCGACGGGCCUCUGCUGCUGCUCUCGCCGCCUCAGGCAGCGCUGCCGUCCCCGCCUCUCGCCGUUGCUUCGCCUCAGGCCUCCUCCUCCUCCUCCGGGCCUACGCAUAACCACGGAGCGGGAGGAAGGGGCAGCACCAACCCGCUGCCGGUGGCGGCCAGCGGGGCGGGGGCGGGGGCGGCGGCGGCUGCUGCUGCUUCGCCUUCGUGCCCGGCCUCUUCUUCGCCUUCGCCGCCGCCGCCCGGGCCGCGAGAGCCGGCCUACAACUGGCAGGCGACGAAGCCAACGGUGCAGGAGCGCUUCUCCUUUCUGUUCAACAACGAGGUGCUCAGCGACGUCCACUUCUUGGUGGGCAAAGGCCGCGCCGGCGCCCAGCGCAUCCCCGCCCACAGGUUUGUGCUGGCUGUGGGCAGCGCGGUCUUUGAUGCAAUGUUCAAUGGCGGGAUGGCUACAACCUCCACGGAGAUAGAAUUACCUGAUGUAGAGCCUGCUGCUUUCUUAGCUUUGCUGAAGUUUCUUUAUUCAGAUGAAGUUCAGAUUGGGCCAGAGACUGUGAUGACGACUCUUUACACUGCAAAAAAAUACGCAGUCCCUGCCCUUGAGGCUCACUGUGUAGAGUUUCUGAAGAAAAAUCUCAGAGCAGAUAAUGCCUUCAUGCUUUUAACCCAGGCAAGACUCUUCGAUGAGCCCCAGUUGGCCAGCCUUUGCUUGGAAAACAUAGAUAAAAACACCUCGGAUGCCAUCAAUGCGGAAGGCUUCACUGAUAUUGACCUGGACACCUUGGUGGCAGUUUUGGAGCGAGACAGCCUUGGCAUCCGGGAGGUGCGCCUCUUCAACGCAGUGGUCAGGUGGUCAGAGGCUGAGUGCCAGCGGCAACAGUUGCAGGUGAUACCAGAGAACAAGCGGAAAGCUUUGGGCAAAGCUCUUUCCCUCAUUCGCUUCCCUUUGAUGACAAUCGAGGAAUUUGCUGCAGGGCCAGCUCAGUCAGGGAUCCUCACGGACCGGGAGGUGGUUAGCCUGUUCCUUCAUUUCACCGUCAACCCCAAACCCCGGGUAGAGUUCAUCGACCGCCCUCGCUGCUGCCUGAGAGGGAAGGAAUGCAGCAUCAACCGUUUUCAGCAGGUGGAAAGCCGCUGGGGGUACAGUGGGACCAGCGACCGGAUCAGGUUCUCCGUCAACAAGCGGAUAUUUAUAGUUGGAUUUGGGUUGUAUGGCUCGAUCCAUGGCCCCACAGAUUACCAAGUAAAUAUACAGAUAAUUCACACAGACAGCAACACCAUCCUGGGCCAAAACGACACUGGAUUUAGCUGCGACGGAUCCUCCAAUACUUUCCGGGUGAUGUUUAAGGAGCCCGUGGAGAUCCUGCCCACUGUCAGCUACACAGCCUGUGCCACGCUGAAGGGACCGGACUCUCACUAUGGAACCAAAGGAUUGCGGAAGGUGGUCCACGAGUCACCAACCACGGGGACAAAGACCUGUUUUACUUUCUGCUAUGCUGCCGGCAACAACAACGGCACCUCGGUGGAAGAUGGACAGAUCCCAGAGAUCAUCUUCUACACAUAGCAGGCGCUGCUGGAAAUUCUGCCAUCGGGCAGGCUCGGCGCUCCCUUCCCGCCCACCCCCCACCCCCACCUGAGACCGCCAGCUUGUUCUGCCACAGUGAAAGGAUGGGCUCCCCCUUUGGCAGACCCGGGAUUGGGCAAGCACUCCCAGAUCGCACGUCCUCUACAUCUAGAUGCAUGUCGGCCUUGCUGGACUGAGGCUGGCAAUCUCUCCUGUUUGUGUUGGCAAUCUGGCUGGGUGAAUUCCUUGCACUGAAUGUAGCUGCUUUUACAUCUAGUCACUCUCCUGGAGGAAACCUAACCCUCAUGCGAAGUGAGCCCCCCCCCCCCAACCACCACCACCAAAGAGAUUUCCCCCUCCCCACGUUUCUGGCAGGCAGGCAGGCGGGUGACUAAGGCGUCUUAGAUGGUGGUAUAUCAGCGGAGCAGUAGGGCUUUGUUCCUGUUGCCCUUGUCCCCUUCCAGUUGUGUAGCAGGACAAAUGACUUGUUCUCUUUGGGGUAAUUGUAUACACAGCCUGAAGGUGGUGGGGGGGGGGUGUUGAGCCUUUUGCAUGGCAAGCAGCAUUUCAAGACAAUCCUUGACCCUGAGAAAAUAACAGAGCUAAAACAAGCUGAUCAACUGACCUCCCAGUUCAGUGUUUCUCAAACGGGGCCCUUUUAAGAGGUUUGGACUUCAAUUCUGGGAGUCGAAGUCCAAACCUCUUAAAAGGGCCCUGUUUGAGAAACACUUGCAGUGUGUGAGUGUGUGUGUGUGUGUUUGCUGGCUUUCAAGGGAAAGUAAAGUGUGAAUUUACUUUAGUGACCUGAUCUGACCCGAUAUGUCAGAUUAGGACCCUGAUCAUAUCCAGAAUGCAGAUGAUAAAGGCAGCCCUGCUCAGUGAGGAUAAUGCAGAUUUAUUAGGGAGGCUAAUAUACUUGGAGGAUGAUAUCAGGAAAGGCUGCCUUAAGGUCCACUUGAGACAACUUUUUCUACUUGUGUGAGGUUGCUGAAGAGUCAGCAGCAGAUUGUGGGUCUCCCUCAGAACAGCCUUGGCCACGAGCAGUUUGCAACCCUGUGUACUUGAUUGUUGUAAUUAAGAGAUGCAUCUAAAUUUCUGGCCUUUUAUCCUCAGAAAGUUUCUGCUGCUGCUAAUAUAGUGCAACUUAACAAUGCAUUUUCGAUUCUUGUUACCCUAGUGACAGGCUGGUGCUGUGGUUAGUUUGUGUUUGUAUGCGUGUGUGUAUUUCCCCUUAAAACAGGGAGAAACCUCCCCGUCUCUUAAGCCAUUUUUUGCAGAAAUCUAAUUCAGAGAGAGAUUUCAGGAAUUUUUUCAGGAGGAAAAAUGCCUUUUUACGUUCAUGAAUUCUUAAAAGCUAGAAUAUGGUUCUUUUGGGGCGGGCAGAAAAGGCAUGUUACCAUUGUUCAGAUGCAUUUAGGAUGCCUCUAGGCAACACCAGCUGCGCUUCGACUGAGCGUAACUUGGACUAACUGUACGUGGCAGUCCCUGACUAAAAAGGGACUUUUAAGGUUCUUGGCCAGGUGUUGCUUUAUUUACUAGUGCUUGGUUCCUCUUCCUAUUAGUAAGUCACAGCUGUCAGUGUGCUAUUGAUGCUACUUUUCUACAUCAGUUCCUUUGGGAAAAUUGCAAUACGAAGCAAGCAACCCUAGAAAGUAUUUGAGGGCGCUAUUCAGAUAAGCGUCCCUCCUCAUCCUAAAAAUAUGACGGGGUUGGGUACUGGGUCAGCUUUUUAUUCUGGUGGGAGGGCAAACUAAAUCCUGGUGUGAUGAUCUACAAAUCGAUUUAUCCAUUGUUAUGGCAAAAUUAUCCACAUCCAUGAUUGUUUUGGUCAAGGAUUUGGUGUGAUUCUUUGCACCCAAACUUGUAUACAUGCCCUUCUCCAGAGUAAAUAAUGAAUAGGCAAGAAAGCAGUUCAAUUAUCUGAGAAACAGUUCCUCAUGCUAAAUAUUUGUGCAGUUUCUCUAUGAUAGAAACAUGCGUUGUGGUACGUUUUGUUUCUCAGUGGAAAUGCACUGACUUGCUUUCUCCAACCUGGUGCAUUCUUGAGGUGCUGCGCUGCAACUUCCAUCUGGCCAUUACUUUGGGAAUCCUGCUUUCAAAUAUGACCCCUUGAAUUUUUCCUGAUGGCAUUAAGACCCUGUUUGGUUUCACCAAAGUUGAGUCCAUUUUCCUUUGAUUCUAACAGAGUAUUUGACCAUAAAGUCUUCAACUGGGACAGAAUCUUUAAUCAGGAAAAAAAAAGGGUUACCCUGGAUUGUUCGUUUGUUUGCCACUGUCAGUAGGUGUGUUUUCCUUUGAAACUACUUGUCUGGAAAUAGAGAUUAUUCCACAGAGGUCCUUGAGCCUUAUGUCACGCGAAUCUGUUUUUGAAUCUCCUUUGUAUAUUGUUAAUCACUGUAUACUGUGUGUACAUUUCUAUUCCGGCCAGUAUAUAGAAUGGAAUCAUUCUCCAGUUACUAGCUCUCCAUCAGCAGACAGUAGAGAAAAUAUGCACAUCAGUGAUUUUGGUCAAGAGCCUUAUUCAAUAUCCACACAUUAGUUCAUAGGGCUCUAAAUUUUUUAGCUUUCUUUCCUGUGGGGAUUCUCAACAGCCCCUUAUCUUCUCCUGCACUACUGGUUCAUUUUUCAGAAAACUGUUUUUCAGCAAUGUGCUAAUCUGUUUUUCUGUAGAUGAAAAAUAAUCAUUGAAUACGGUUCUAAAAAGGCCUACUUAAAAAUAGUUUUGAGGUAGUUUGCAACUCUUGACAGCAGGCUACUUUAAGUUGGAUGGUUGAAAGCACUUCAGUCAUCCUUUGGAAUCACUUUGGUGGGAGUGUAAGUCUCCGAUUGUUGUAUAAAAUUUGUUUAUUAAAAUGUCACCAACUGAAGGGAAAGUUCAGUUGAAGUUCUUGGAGCCUGAUGCACAUUCUAGCAUUUGCAAAUUACUCUUGCAAAUUAAUCUUGGCCAAGAGUAAACUUCCAAUAGUGUCACCGACUGCUCAUGCGAUGCUAUACAAUAACUGUAUCAGAAACUAUUAUUCAGCAUUUCACCACCUCUCCUUCCUUUCUGUUUGUAAAUAGCAAGUGAAUAAAGGCAGCAGAGUUGUCCUUAAGUAUUUGUGUGUGUGUAUGUAUGUGUAUGAGACACGAGAGAACGGGCACCCACAGCCAAUAGUUUAAAUUGUAGUUUGAAUAUGGUUUGAGUGUAGGAGAGACCUGUUUUGAUGAAGCAUUGGCCACCUGCAACAGAAAAGCUGUGGCAGUUAGACAGCAUCGGCAUAAUGGACCAAGUAUCAGACACAGAAUCUAACAGCUGCUUCUGUUCUUGAAACUAUUUUUGGAUCAGUAGGUUGGAAUCCAGACAUCUGCUUAUCUACUUCUGUGAAGCUGAACCAUCAGUUUGUUUUGAUGCCCAGAUUUUCUUGAGUUUGUAAGUUAGGUAGGAAAUCUCUUUAGAUGAGGGCUCAUUGUAGGCGGUUACUGGGUUUCCCUAGUUUGAGUUCAGGAGGGUCAUUUUUGACAAGGAAUGUUGGCAAGGAGAGCUGCAUCCUCUGGCACAUAGACGUAUGUUUGACAAUACUCUUGCCAAAGAGUAACAAGAGUGUUGGAGCAGAAACAGCUGGCAACUGGGUCAAAUGCUCUUGCCGUUUCAUUUGGGAAGAAAAGGCAUGAAACGUGUGAAGAAGGCUCCUAUCAGAAGGAUGCAUCAUCUCUGCUAGUAUGUUCUGGAACAUGGUCGCCUAGACCAAAAUGAGAUUGUCAUUAUCAUGCAAGCCAUCAUGUUGCGGGAUAAGGUGGUUUAUUUGCUUGUGAACCGGGCAAGUGGGGGGGGGGGGGUUGUGGAAAAGCUAAGUUUAGGGUGAAACAUUUGGACGAGUCCCAACUUGGAUGUGACAUACCAUGGUUAUUCAUGAGUGGGUGGAUUGUACAUUUGUUGGUAGUGAGUAAAGAGAAAGGAACUGAAUCUUUUUUAAGUGCUGGGAAUGAGGGAGAAAAGGAGGAUGCUCAUCUCAUGCUCAGAGAUUUCUGGGAUGCAUCCAUUUAAGGAAAACGGAGAGCACCAUUUCACAACUUCAGCACCUUUAAGAUGGGUGUGGAAUUCUGGGAUUUGGAGUCCUCCCAUCUUAAGGGCACAGAGGUUGAAAAAGACUGUUCUACACACUAGAUGCUUUCUCUCUGCACCACUGCAGGCAGUCCUUGGCUUUCAGUUACAUUGCAACUCUUUGAAGUUACAAUGGACUUACCUGGGAGGGGAGGGGUAACCAAUGACCAAGAUCAGAUGAUCAUUUCCACCCCUUGGUCAUGUGACUGCACUUCAGGCGCUUGGCAACUUAGCCCAACAUUUACAGUUGUUUGCAGCAUUCUAGGGGUUCUCUUAAAGACUGCCACAUUCAUUAAGGACCACCCCAAAAUGCUUCAUAAAAUUGGUUCAAUCACAAGAUAAACCUGCUUCAUGACUAUGGCAGGCUCCAUUACGGUCGUAACUUGAGGACUACCUGUACAGCACCAUUUACUUUUCCAAAAGAAGUCACUGAAAAUUAUUUCCACUUCAAGACAAAACAUCUCUAAACCAAAACGCGAGGAAACAUUUUUGCAGAAUUUAUUUUUUAAGGUUUUUUUUAAAAUUUUUAGUUUUUCAGGUUUUUUUUUUCCUGUUUUUAUUUUAUUUUUUUAAAAAGCCCUAACUUCUAUGGCUUCAAAGAAGCUUCAAGAGAAACUUAUACACCAUAACCUGUGUACACUUUUUUUUUAAAGCAGUAACUAAAUUUGCAAUGCCACAAUCUCUCUUCUGCUUUGGAGCUACACCAGUACAAAUCUCAUUUCUAUUCAGACUUGAAAUUACCUUUUUCUUUUGUUACAUAAUUAAAAAACAAAACAACCACACAAUUAAGUCUGCAAAAUUCAUUUUGAUGCAAAUCAGACAACAUGGGCCAAAACAUACACCUGAUAAGACCAGAGAGCUUGGAAGGCCAACUACAACCCUCAUUGAUUUUUUUGUUUUCUAUCAUUUGAGUUGUCCCUUAAAACUUUUGUCACAUUCAAAAAGAAAAAAAAGAAAAAAAA